AUGCCAAACUCGCACAAAUCCAACUUAUCGAUAGCCAUUCAAAAAGCUGAUGGACAAGAUCAAACAACAAAUAUAGAUAAUCAUGGGGGGAAGACCCUGAACCAGCACCAGCACCAGCACCAGCACCAACCACCUACCAGCUUGUACCAGCAGGCCGUGGCCAAUUUCAACAAUGAGAAUAUGUCACCAUUACCCUCGCUGUUGCUUCCUCAACAGGGGGCACCUACCACCGCCACCACCUCAUCAUCUGUAGGCAGAUCAUCGAUGAAAAAACCAGAGCUAAACACCAUCAGUACAAGUUUUGAGAACGAAGAUGUUCCAAAGGAGGACGACGACGAAAGCGACAAUGGAGGAAGUAGCGAUGACGAAGACGAACCGCUUCAUCCCGAAAACGAGGAAGAUCUCAAGGAUUACGCUCCUGGAGGCUACCACCCUUGUUUCAUUGGGGAGACAUACAAGAACGGGAAGUAUACCUUAGUAAGAAAGUUGGGAUGGGGCCAUUUCUCCACAGUCUGGCUUGCCAAAGAUAACGACAAGCACUGCCAUGUAGCCGUAAAGAUUGUACGGAGUGCUAAACAUUAUACCGAGACUGCCAUCGAUGAGAUUAAGCUCUUGGACAAGGUGACCACUUCAGACCUACACCACCCAGGGCACGAACAUGUUAUUCAGUUAUUGGACACAUUCACGCAUAAGGGUCCUAAUGGAGUACACGUGGUUAUGGUUUUUGAAGUGUUGGGAGAAAAUCUAUUGGGGUUGAUUCGUAGAUACAAGCAUAGAGGAAUCCCUAUUAUUUUUGUAAAGCAAAUUGCCAAGCAGUUACUUUCUGCGUUGGAUUUCUUGCACAGAAAGUGUGGAGUGAUUCACACUGAUUUAAAGCCGGAAAACAUCUUGAUAGAAAUCGGGGAUGUAGAGCAAAUUGUUAAGAUGGUAGAAGAAGAAGAGUAUAAUAGUAAGUUGCAAAAGAAGUUGAGGAGAACAAAAUCCCAAACCAAGAGCGGCAAUUCCAGUUCUGCGAACAGUGACGUGAAUUUGGCCAACAAGUCAGGCAUUCUUGGUGCUGCAGGAGGUGGUGCUUCUACUCCUCAAAAGAAGAUUUUAGAGGAAGACCAUGACAUUUCUACUCCACUCUCUAUGAAGCCAAUUAAGUCAAACUCUCCUUCGCUUGGAAGAAACGGUAGAAGAUCUAGAAGACAAACAUUAAUCACCGGUUCCCAGCCGUUACCUUCACCUUUGCGUACAUUCAAUAAGUCUUUCACAUCGGUCCAUGGGCUUUCUAACUCGACUGCUAAUACUCCAAUGAAGCAUAAUUUUAGCGGUGUUAGACUCUCAUCAGGAAUUCUGGUGAUUAACGAUGAAUCACCUGUCGAUCCGCACAAUCCGACUUCAAAUGCGCUCAACUCCUCACUCUCGUCUAUGUCAAUAUCUGGUAAUAAUAUCAACUCACCAUAUCAAAAUCCAGACGGGUUGUCUAUUCCUGAUGGCGAUGUUUCAUACAUGAACAACAAUUCCAAUGAUAAUUCACUUGUUAUCAACGAAGAUGAAAUUAUUUCUGUCAAGAUUGCAGAUUUAGGAAACGCCUGCUGGACCACUCAUCAUUUCACAGACGAAAUCCAGACACGCCAAUACAGAUCUCCUGAAGUUUUGAUGGGCUAUCACUGGGGUUGUCUGGCGGACUUGUGGUCCUUUGCAUGCUUGAUAUUUGAACUACUUACCGGUGAUUAUCUUUAUGACCCAAGAGAGGGAAAUGCCUACAACAAGGACGACGAUCAUAUUGCACAGAUUAUUGAAUUAAUUGGGCCAUUCCCCAGAUCAAUGCUCAAAGAAAGUUACUAUACUAGAGAUUUUUUCAACUCAAGAGGCGAAUUACAUAGAAUUCUGAAAUUAAAACCCUGGGGGUUUAAAGAUGUCUUAGUUGAGAAAUAUAAGUUUUCAGUUAAUGAUGCCUUGGACAUUGCGGAUUUCUUAUUGCCCAUGCUCCAAUUGCAACCUGAACUUAGAGCUGACGCUGGUGGGAUGGUUAACCACCCUUGGCUUAGCGAUGCUGUUGGCUUGGAGAAUGUUGUAUUAGAAAGACCAGUUGGAGGUUCAGGGGAAGAUAUUCCUGGUUGGUCUAGAGAAAUCCUGAAAGAGAGCCAAUCGAAAGCAAAGUUUUUUUAUAGAUAA